GUGAAAAAUAGAUCUGGCCACACCGUUGCAGCUCUGGCUGUUGCCUUUUAUUUUAAUCCGAGAUCUUCACUGUCCAGCGAUCACCGUUGCCCAUUUAGACCGUUACUUGAGGUCAGAGAUCGCUACCCACGUCGCCGGCCCCCCAAAGAACGCCCCCAGCCGCAGAGGUCACCGCCGGAGUCGUUGUUUUUGUCGCACCAACAGCUGCUGCUGCAUCCCUGUGCCGAGCUGCGCAUACGAGGUGGUAGUGUGUGUGCGUUUGGAGAAAUUACACCAACAAGAAAGCAAAACAAAGGACGCUAAACAAGGGCGCAGAGGAAGAGCCAAGAGCCGAGACCCGCGACCAGAAACCAGAAGAAGCAGCGAGAAAGACAAGCGCCAGCCAGAGACAUGGAUGUGGAGGAGAACUACGAGAACGCCGCCGAGACUCAGAUGCAGACUCAGCAAAACACUCUCCAGAACCCGCACCCGCAUCCGCAUCCGGCCAUGGCCACCUCCGAUCAACAGCAAAUGCAGUGUGAGCCCCUCUUUGGGUUAACCACCAACACCACCACCACCACGAAUCCCAUGAUGGCCAUACCGCUGCCAGCACCGCCGGGAAUGAUGCCGCAUCCAAAUCUCAGCCCGAAUGCGAACGCAAAUCCGAGUCCCUCAUCCGCAGCCGUAACCUCAACCUCAAGCGCAUCCGCGUCCGCACCGGCGGCCAUCAAGGGCCUGCCCACAAAUGACUUUGACAUCGACUCGCUGCUGUUGCAACAGUUCAGCUGCAUGGGCACCACAGACCACGAGGAUCUGAUCAGCCAGUUCCAGAGCCUAAUGAACAAUCAGAUGAAUCGCGAGUCGGCCAGGUUCUAUCUGGAAAUGAGCAAUUGGAGUCUGCAGACCGCCGUGGGCUGUUACCUGGACUUUUGUAGCCUCCAGUCGCUGCCCUCGAUGAAGAUCGUCCAGGGCAAGCAUCUGAGCGCCCAACAGCAGGCCUUCCAGCUGCAGAACGACGGCACCGAACGCUGGCCCAGCAACUGCUAUCUAACCUCGCCCAUCCAGACGCAACGCAUCAAUGUGCCGGCCCUGCGUCCCGGGGAAACAUGUGAUAUCCUGGCCGAUCUGAUGCCCACCCAGCCGCCGAUCAUGUGGCGACUGUGCACUCCAAACGGCUGGUACUUUGGCGAUGCCAUUUGGAUGAUACCGCCGGGCACACAGGCCAGCCAGGACGAACUGCAGCAACGGAUGGUGCAGCUAAUCACAACGGAGGCCAAGCCGGAUGUAUAUCCGCAGAUGAACAUCGUGAUAACGGCGCACACUCAAUGAACGCCAGAGAGAGUCCCGGUGGCCAGACAUCCAGGAUCCUCUCCAUCUCCUGCCAGCUCAAUGUGCGGGUUCCCACAAAACAGAAGCAUCAUGGAUAGCAUUUCAUACCCCCUGCGAACUGUAACAUUUACGAUAAUGACUAGCCUUUAGUCCCAGAUCCCCCGAACCCCAUAACGACCACCCCCCAUCCAUCCCUUCCAGCUCCCACGAUUAGACUUAACGUUGUUCUCAGUAGCGGAGAGACGGACAGAUCGGUUCGGUUUUUACACACUUGACGCCGUACAUAUGUUGAAGUAUAUGUAGCCAACGCCAUUCACGUGUAGCCCUACUAUUAUUACUACUACUACUACUACUACUACUAUAAUACUAUAAUGCUAUUCGAUCCGUUUAUUUUAUGUUUUUGAGUUCCAAAAGCGGCAGCCUUUCUCCCUUCUCCUUUUAUUUGGUGUCAGUCGAGUCGACUCAGGUCAGCUUAUAAUAUAUAUCUUUGGUUUAGUCGCGAGAAGGGUUUAGUCAGCCUGCCGGACCUUGAAAUGCGACCUUUUUUUUUGUGAAAAAUCAGCAUAAGUUUCGAGGAGAAUCGUGUGUGUUCUUCUGUUUUUAGUUUUUAGGCUAAAAAUUGCGCGCGUGCGUGUGUGUGCGAUUGUUUAAAUGCAGAAUUAAUUUUUUUCUUUAAUUUAAAGCCCCUAAUUCCCCCGUAACCGAAGAGUUGAAUUUAAGCAGAAAAAAACCUUGUAACAAAAUUAGGCUUAAGUGUUUUAUUGAGCAGAGCAAGAAAAAAAAAAUGUGGAAUGAUUGAGA